AAUGAGUGAUGAUGUGCUGAUGAAUGAUUGGACUGAUGCUCUCAGUGUUUCCUCUCCAGAUGAAGGUGUGGACUCUGCUAUGAGUCAGUGUGAGGACAGAGAGGAGGGAGUCCCUCCCUCUAACACCACUCUGUGUGGGGAACAUGACAGCCAGACCAAAGCUCAGAGCCCAGAGAAGCAGCACAGACCUGGACCUGGAUCUGGACCUUUUAUUAAUUUAAAACAUGACAAAAAGAUCCAUCACAGACCAGACUGUCCUGAACCUGAACCCAGCUGUGUGUCCAUGAAGAGUGACCAGUCUAUGCCUUGUUAUGUAGUCUUCAAAGAUGGAUGCCACUCUGAUGAUCAAAGGAUCCAUCAGAGACCAGACUGUCCUGAACCUGAACCCAGCUGUGUGUCCAUGAAGAGUGACAAGUCUAUGCCUUGUUAUAUAGUCUUCAAAGAUGGAUGCCACUCUGAUGAUCAAAGGAGGAAUCUGGAAGAACCUGAACCCAGCUGUGUGUCCAUGAAGAGGGACCAGGAGAGCUCAGAGGUUCCCAGUGGUCAGUCUGCCCAGCAGCAUCAAACACACCUGGACUCUAUAUUUAUGCUGCUGGAGGAGGACAUCGUCACUUUUGUGAAGAAUGAGCUGAAGAAGAUCCAGAAAGUUCUGAGUCCAAAUUACCCAGAAUGCUUAGAGAGUCAGAGGGAGGAUGAGGAGGUGUUGGACGGUGAGGAUGAAGAGCAGAGGAGGAGCAGCAGAGAGGCAUUUCUGAAGAUCACACUGCACUUCCUGAGGAGAAUGAAGCAGGAGGACCUGGCUGACCGUCUGCAGAGCAGAAGUCCUGCUGCAGUUGGUAAGCGUAAACUCAAAUCUAAGCUGCAGAAGAAAUUCCAGUGUGUGUUUGAGGGGACUGCUAAAGGACACCCAACCCUUCUGAAUCAGAUGUUCACAGAGAUCUACAUCAUAGAGGAAGGGACUGCAGAGGUUAAUAAUGAACAUGAGGUCAGACAGAUUGAAACAGCAUCCAGGAAACGAGACAGACCAGAAACAAGAAUCAGACAAGAAGACAUAUUUAAAGUCUGGAAGCCUGGAAGAGAUGAACCAAUCAGAACAGUGAUGACAAAGGGAGUGGCUGGCAUUGGGAAAACAGUCUUAACACAGAAGUUCACUCUGGACUGGGCUGAAGGCAAAGCCAACCAGCAAAUUCAGUUCACAUUUCCAUUCACUUUCAGAGAGCUGAAUUUGCUGAAAGAAGAAAAGUACAGCUUGGUGGAACUUGUCGAUCUCUUCUUUAGUGAAACCAAAGAAGCAGGAAUCUGCAGGUUUAGAAAGGUCGUGUUUAUCUUUGACGGGCUGGAUGAGUGUCGACUUCCUCUGGACUUCCACAACACUGAGAUCCUGACUGAUGUUACAAAGUCCACCUCAGUGGAUGUGCUGCUGACAAACCUGAUCAGGGGGAAACUGCUUCCCUCUGCUCGCCUCUGGAUAACCACACGACCUGCAGCAGCCAAUCAGAUCCCUCCUGAGUGUGUUGACAUGGUGACAGAGGUCAGAGGGUUCACUAACCCACAGAAGGAAGAGUACUUCAGGAAGAGAUUCAGAGAUGAGGAGCAGGCCAGCAGAAUCAUCUCCCACAUCAAGACAUCACGAAACCUCCACAUCAUGUGCCACAUCCCCAUCUUCUGCUGGAUCACUGCUACAGUUCUGGAGGACGUGUUGAAGACCACAGAGGGAGGAGAGCUGCCCAAGACCUUGACUGAGAUGUACAUCCACUUUCUUGUAGUUCAGUCCAAAGUGAAGAACAUCAAGUAUGAUAGAGGAGAUGAGACAGAUCCACACUGGAGCCCAGAGAGCAGGAAGAUGAUGGAGUCUCUGGGAAAACUGGCUUUUGAGCAGCUGCAGAAAGGCAACCUGAUCUUCUAUGAAUCAGACCUGACAGAGUGUGGCAUCGAUAUCAGAGCAGCCUCAGUGUACUCAGGAGUGUUCACACAGAUCUUUAAAGAGGAGAGAGGACUGUAUCAGGACAAGGUGUUCUGCUUCAUCCAUCUGAGUGUUCAGGAGUUUCUGGCUGCUCUUCAUCUCCAUCUGACAUUCAUCAACUCUGGAGUCAACCUGCUGGCAGAAGAACAAACAACAUCUCAGUGGUCUGAAGUAUUCAAAGACAAAUCAACGUGUUUCUACCAGAGUGCUGUGGACAAGGCCUUACAGAGUCAAAAUGGACACCUGGACUUGUUCCUCCGCUUCCUCCUGGGACUUUCACUGCAGACCAAUCAGACUCUCUUACGGGGUUUGCUGACAGAGACAGGAAGUAGCUCACAGACCAAUCAGAAAACAGUUGAGUACAUCAAGAAGAAGAUCAGUAAGAAUCAGUCUGUAGAGAGAAACAUCAAUCUGUUCCACUGUCUGAAUGAACUGAAUGAUCAUUCUCUAGUGGAGCAGAUCCAACACUCCCUGAGUUCAGGAAGUCUCUCCACAGAUAAACUGUCUCCUGCUCAGUGGUCAGCUCUUGUCUUCAUCUUACUGUCAUCAGAAAAAGAUCUGGACGUGUUUGACCUGAAAAAAUACUCUGCUUCAGAGGAGGCCUUUCUGAGGCUGCUGCCAGUGGUCAAAGCCUCCAACAAAGCUCUGCUGAGUGGCUGUAACCUGUCAGAGAGAAGCUGUGAAGCUGUUUCCUCAGUUCUCAGCUCCCAGUCCUCUAGUCUGAGAGAGCUGGACCUGAGUAACAAUGAGCUGCAGGAUUCAGGAGUGAAGCAGCUGUUGGCUGGACUGAAGAGUCCACACUGCGGACUGGAAACUCUCAGGCUGAGUGGAUGUAACCUGUCAGAGAGAAGCUGUGAAGCUCUGUCCUCAGUUCUCAGCUCCCAGUCCUCUAGUCUGAGAGAGCUGGACCUGAGUAACAACGAGCUGAAGGAUUCAGGAGUGAAGCAGCUGUCGGCUGGACUGAAGAGUCCACACUGCAGACUGGAAACUCUCAAGACAGACCAUGGUGGACUGCAGUGGUUGAGACCUGGUCUGAGGAAGUAUGUCUGUGAACUUGAACUGGACACAAACACAGUACACAGAAGACUCAAACUGUCUGUUAACAACAGGAAGGUGACGUAUGUGGAGGAGGAUCAGUCAUAUCCUGAUCAUCCAGACAGAUUUGACUACUGUCCUCAGUUGCUGUGUAGAAAUGGUCUGACUGGUCGCUGUUACUGGGAGGUCGAGAGAAGAGGAGAUAUUGAUAUAUCAGUGAGUUACAGAGGAAUCAGAAGGAGAGGAGGCAAUACUGAGUGUAGGUUUGGAUGGAAUGAUCAUUCCUGGAGUCUGAUUUGCUCUGAUUAUGAUGGUUACUCUGUCAGGCACAAUAACAGAGAAACAGUCCUCACUUCCUCCUCUGUCACUAACAGAGUAGCAGUGUAUGUGGACUGUCCUGCUGGCACUCUGUCCUUCUACACAGUCUCCUCUGACUCACUGAUCCACCUCCACACCUUCAACACCACAUUUACUCAAACUCUUUAUCCUGGGUUUAUGGUAUGGUCUUGGUCCUCAGUGUCUCUGUGUCCUCUGCAGGACUGAGAGUCUCUCCUGUGGACAGAAACACUGACUGAUGAUCAGCUGCUGAAAUCAAAGUUCAGUCUGUUCACCAUCAACACACUGCACUGUGAAGCAGAUCUGUCUCAGACUCAAACACUAAACAUUAAUUUCUCUGAUUUCAUCUCUUUGAUUAUCAACAUUUAAACUGUUUAACUAGAAACACUUCAUGAUUCCUGUCAUCAGCUGGCUCUCUUUACCUGAGGAUACACUGUAUAAAGCUGAGUGAAUGUGAUGUUACUUUAAGUUUUUGGUAAAUCUGUGUCCAUGGAUACGAGCUGUACCGAGAGUUUCUGAUAUCAGAUUUGUGUUGUAAUAAACUUUUAUAUUCAAGUAAGAACAACUGAGGCUCUGAGACUAAGACUAAAAUAUUAAACUUAAAGUCUGAAACUGAGCUCUGAAAGAAACUUCUCCAAAUGUCAAACAAGAGUCUUUCAGGAUCCAAUUCAGCAUCUGUGAAAAAAUAAUUACAGGUUGUAAAAAGAUCUGUUUCUGUAUACAAACUAAAUCUUUUGUUUCUACUCAACAGUUUUCAUCUUCUUACAGAUUUUUAUUUUUUAUGGCUCUCCAUAGCCAUUGUUCUUAUUCACAUUUAUGAAUUACUUUUUACUUGUACUUCCCUUUGUUUUGUGUUACUUAAUUUUUAAUAUGUAUUAUCGUGUAUGUUUUUAUGUA